AUGGCACAGACGCCGGUGCGGCUCUCACACGGCAGACAUGAGAUGCUGCAGCCUGUCGCGCAGCUGAAUGGCCGUGUCUUCGACAACGACCCGGUUGUCGCGUAUAUGUUGCUCAAUAUGUCCCGGGAUGAAAGACUGGCGUUUCUACCCACAUACUGGACAACCCUCGUCAGGUCGGCUUUGCUCAAUGAUGCGAUGAUCACCGAGGCUGAUGGCUGGAAGGCCGCCUCAGUUGUCAUCCCCCCGGGGAGGUAUAUCGACAACGUCUGGACACUUCUCUAUUCCGGCUUCCUCUGCGUUCUCUGGAAAUUGGGUUUCCUGGGUCUCAAGCGACUUUGGACCGACUUUUCAGGCAUGACCGAUAACGCAAAGAGAAAGGGUCUUCAUGGAGAGAGACGUUACUACUAUAUCUUCAGCAUUGGCACGGAGUACGAACACCGCGGGAAGGGACUUGCCAAGGCCAUUAUGCAAUACCAUCAGAGGAAAGCACAGACUGAAAACGUCCCAAUCUGGCUGGAAGCGACCACGCCCAGCUCCCGAAAAUUAUACCUUUCGAUGGGAUUCGAGGAGAUUGAAGAAAUCGUUCUCGGCAAAGGGAAGGUGGCCACUGAUGCAACCCUCCAGCCUGGUGGCCCAGGGGUUCCACUCUAUGCGAUGGUAUGGUGGCCAGCAACAGAAAACGCUGCAUUAAGUCCGUGA